CGGUAUCACAAGGAAACUUUCUUGAUUCACUUCUAGAAGUGAUAAAAUGGUGAAAAAGUUUAGUGUUGGUGCCCUUGUUUUUGCCAAGGUGAGAGGGUUUCCUCCAUGGCCAGCAAGGAUUACACGGAUAACAGAGAACGGUAAGUAUGCAGUGUUCUUCUACGGAACCUACGAGAAUGCUACUCUUAAGGCAAACGAGAUAUUCGAGUUCUCAAAGGAGAACCAAGCGUCUUUUAUACCAAAAAAUAUUCACAGGAAGAACUAUGGAAAAGGUAUUGAUGAAUUGAAGUACACCCCUGAAAUUGCCCCUGGUGUGGACCAGGUUACUGAUGAUGCAGACCCCCCGCUUCAAUCCCUUGACACCCCUGUGGAUGAGAAGAAGAGUGCCCCCCAACCUGUAGUUCGAAAGCCCCUGAAACUUUGUGAUGGUACCCCUGUGAAGAGGGGGUCUGCUACCCCUGUUACCCCUGGAGCGGAUUCUGCCAGGAUAAGAGGAACUAAACGAUCAGCUGAGGAAUCUGAAACCGAAGGAAGUUUGAACUCCGCCCCACAAACAUCUAGUAGAAGUGGAAGGGUCAUUAAACAGAAACGGUUCAGUGAUGAGACACGAGGAGAUGGUGAUGUAAAACAUCAAACUGAUCAGACUAAACCUAGAUGGGAGUCCCAUGAGCAGAAGUUGACCUGGCUGCUGUCUACUGCUAGGAAUGCCAGGAAGCUCAAGGAGUUCGUGGAGCUCGGAGAGUUUAUCCCGGCUGAGCUCGUGGAUAGUUUGAAGUCAAAAUCAGAACUAACUACAGAAGAAACGCAGCAGUUAAAAAGGGUGGCUGAACUAGCACUGAGACGGGAGAAGGUAUCCUGGUUACUACGUGAGAAGGAGAUGGUGGAGACGAAUAUAGCAAUCAGGAAAGCUCUACAUUCUAAGAAUCCUGAUACUGAUGAAUGUGUGCGAUGUUUACAGAAUUUUCUCCAUCUUGAUUUAGACAAACUUAUGAUCAUUAAACAGCCAGCUGUAGUUGAUACUAUGAGGAAGCUGGUAAGAUACCAGGGUUCCAAGGAAGAAAUGAGUUUACCAGAUAAAGAGAAGGAGAGAAUGAAGCGGAAUAUUAAGAAUAUUCAGAUAAUGGGAGAGACAAUUUACAAGAAACUACAGAUGCUGUUUAAAUAUAAAGAAUCUCCGAGUAAUCAGUUCCAGGCAUUUAUACAGCAGGAGGUUAACAGGUUUGCAGAGGCUACCAAGAGUCUACCUCAAUCUCAAGCUUUAGCUCUUACAGAAUACCCCUAG